AGCAGAUAAGAGAUGUCAUAAGUACGGCCGUACACAAACUAUUAUCAUACCUUGAUUAGGAUGUUUGUACACAAAAUAUGAUACUAGAGAAUAUGUCUUCUUAAAUUUACUUUAUUUUAAAACGAUAAGCGUUGGAGAUAAGUGUAAAAAUAGAUACAGUAUAUACGGUAAAAACCGAAAAUUGAUCCUACAAUCUUGUAUUUUUUUAAGAGAAUAAAGUCGUUUUCGAGAAAUGAUGGGAGAAAGCGGACUGGGAGUGCCACUGAGAAACCGACGUAGGUCAUUUAGCCAGGUGAUUCGACUUGUCAACGGACAGCAAAAGCGCACAGCACUGUUUUCGAGGGAGCUAAAAGUUAGAUUCGACAUGGAAAUCACAAUGAUCAUCUUUGAUAUUUUCUACUGUUGUCAUUCCACUUGCUAACAAAACGAUGAAGAAGAAGCUUACGUUGAUAGUUACGGGAAACGGGACGGUGGAUGUCUACGAAGAGGAAGAUUACCUUUGGCCGGAAGCCCUCGGCUUUAUUUUGAUAAUAGGCACUGUUUUAAAUUUGACACUUAUUGGUGUAACAACGACAAUGAGAUAUAAAGGGCAUUUUCCACACUUGGUCACUGCACUCAGUUUUGUAACAGCUUACGACUCAAUCGUCAACCAGACGCUCUCUCUUCUGUUCAUUCUCGAGUGGUACGAUUCAGCAGUACCAAGGUUCCUCUGUAGAUUUUCAAUGAUUUCUUCAGUGUUCUCGUUACUGGUCCAAUUAUCCUACGUCGCCUGCAUCUCGACAACAUCUCUUAUAAAUAAGAGACAAUGUCCAGUUACUUUGUAUGUAGUCCUGCCUCCUAUCAUCGCUUCUGCCCUCGUCGCUCCCCCUGUCAUCAUGAACAGCAGCGUCGUGCCAGUCCAUCACUACGUCCAAAGGAAUGCCUGUGGAAUGACCGGUGACAAUAUUAUUUAUUCGUCGUUCCUGUUAAUAAUUGGAUUUACGAGUUCGCUGACUGCGUUGGUGUACUUCUUGGUUUUUAUGAAAUGUUACAUCUGCGAUAGCGGCGUUUUGACGUGCAACACCGACGAGGAGACUAGAGACCAGAGAUACAUCGCGGUUUUGAUAAUAGUUUGUUUUUUCACUUUAGUACCUUACACGGUUUCGGUGAACGUCACAAACUUCAUACCGUUGCGAUCACUCAGAAGAGCUGCAAUUGGAUCUUCCGUCGUUAAGAUCAUAACUGGGAAGUACGACACGGCGUUGGUAUUUUUGAAGAACUGCUUCAAUUUCACAUUUCCCCUGGUCACGUUCCUGUUCUUCAAGGAAUACCGGAAACAGUUCAGCAGCCUGUUUUGCAUAUGCAGGAGAAAUUCCGUGUCGGCCGACGGUCUGAACUCGGAAAGCAGCCGUCGCUCGUCCAAACUGAAGGACUCGGAGGAAACGACACCCGUCCUCUUCUGCACGGCGCGCGGCCUCAUUCUGAGAAUUAAAGAGGGAAAAUCGGAUACGAACUAUUAUUAUCAAGUGUGCGAUCGAUACGGCCAGAUGGAAUCCGUCAUGCAAAGUACGUCAACUGAAGAAUCGAUCAGGAUGAAAAAACCAGUCGGACCUAGAAGAAAAUUUGUAAGAUUCUCGCAUUACGUCAAGGAAAUACCUCCUAGUCUGACGGAAUGGGAUUUUAGUGAUAACGAAGGAGGUAGCCAAAUCAGUUGAUUGAAACUGCUAACCAACUCCAACUUACGCUGAACCAACAUUCAUAUUCGGAACGUAUUCUUACUCCCCGAGUGAAGACGACCCAAUAAGUAAUCCGGUCUGAGGAUGAGUUCUCCGACUCGCAGACCAACACCCAUCAUCAACUCCAACCUAAACAUCAUAACACUUCUUGACGAUGUAAUUCCAUCCAUAAAAACAAACGCCAAUUAAGGAUUUUGUCUGUGAUCUAUAAAUUAUUCAUAAGUUUGGUUUACUUGCAUUGUUUGCGGUUUUUCUUUAGUUAUAGAUUGUUUUUUAAUAAAUGCAUUUGAUUGGAAAUUUUUUAGA